UUGGCGGCAGCCAAUGGGCGGCGGCCGAGUCCUGCGCACUCGGAAUGAACGUAGGCUGCUGCUCACGGCCAAAAGACCGCGCACCGCCUGGGCUGCUCGCUCCAUUGUUUGAGAUAUAGCGACGUACAACUGGCCUCACAUAGCGUUACUGAGUAAACCAAGAUGGUGAAAGAUCCAAGGAAGCCAAGGGGCAAAAUGUCCUCGUAUGCCUACUUUGUGCAAACAUGCCGGGAGGAGCACAAGAAGAAACAUCCUGAAGCAAGUGUCAACUUUGCAGAGUUCUCCAAGAAGUGCUCGGAGCGAUGGAAGACAAUGUCGCCUAAAGAGAAAGGCAAGUUUGAGGAUAUGGCGAAACAAGACAAGGUCCGGUAUGAGAGGGAAAUGAAGAACUACAUUCCCCCCAAGGGCCAGAAGAAGAAGCGGUUCAAGGAUCCUAAUGCCCCCAAGAGACCCCCGUCCGCAUUCUUUUUAUUCUGCGCAGAUUUCCGCCCCAAGGUAAAGAGUGAGAAUCCUGGCCUCUCCAUUGGAGACACGGCAAAGAAGCUGGGAGAAAUGUGGAACAGCUCAUCUGCAGAAAAUAAGCAGCCAUAUGAAAAGAAGGCUGCCAAGUUGAAAGAGAAAUAUGACAAGGAUAUCAUUGCUUACCGUACAAAGGGGAAACUGGAUUCAGGAUCAGCAGCUGCAGCAGAUGAUGAUGAGGAAGAAGAUGACGAAGAGGAGGGAGAGGAUGAGGAUGACGACGAGGAUGAGGAUGAUGAGUAAUUGCAUAGGGGUGGGACCUAAAGUUUUGUUUAUGCCAUAUAACCCUAUUAUACUCAAUUUACCAUCUUGAAACAAGUCAGACAGAACAAGAACAUGUGUAUAUUUAAUGUUUUUAAGAUGUACAGUGUUAUCCUCCUUUUUUGUAAAGUUAACACUACAUAUCUUAAGUUUGAAAUUUUCUAGUGGUAGUUCUUUAUCCUUGCCAUAAUAUGUAACAAUUUAGGAGGACUAUGAAUCAGUAUGAAAGUAGUCUAGGUGUACAACUCAAAAAUGAGAUUUCUGAGUUGGUAGUGUAUUUUUUUCUUGUUUUGAAGAAUAUUUUUUCAUGUGCUGUCACAAUGUCUUUUUUAUUGUUCUUUGAAUACCACUCUAAUAUCAGAUGCAGCUGUCGACAUUCAAGAAUGUCUUAAUAAAGGUUGUUCUUUUUUUUUU